GCGCAUCCACUUGUUGAGUUCACAAUAGUUCACCGGCGUCGCUCUAUUUAAAGAGGCAUCAACAUGGCACACGGUCUGGUCAGACGGGAGUCAGUGGAAACGGAGAUGCAGAAGUCCGAAGACAAAAGGAAAACCUUCGUGUACACUAAGAAGAGGGGCUAUGAUGUUACCCGAAACCCUCACCUCAACAAGGGCAUGGCGUUCUCCCUGGAGGAGCGUCUGCAGCUGGGGAUCCAUGGCCUGAUGCCUCCCUGCUUCGUCAGCCAGGACGUCCAGCUGCUGCGAGUGCUCAAAAACUACGACAUGAAGAGAGACGACUUGGACAGAUAUGUGUUCCUGAUGGGGCUCCAGGAUCGCAGCGAGAAGCUUUUCUAUCGGGUGCUAUUGUCAGACGUCGAAAGGUUCAUGCCCAUCAUUUACACCCCCACUGUAGGCCUGGCUUGCCAGCAAUACGGCCUGAUAUUUAGAAGACCGAGGGGGCUGUUCAUCACCAUUCAUGACCGUGGCCACAUUGCUUCACUGCUGCAGAACUGGCCGGAGAAAGACAUCAAGGCAGUGUGUGUGACAGAUGGAGAGAGGAUCCUGGGACUGGGAGACCUGGGCUGCUAUGGCAUGGGCAUCCCAGUGGGCAAGCUGGCCCUCUACACAGCCUGUGGAGGUAUGCCACCACAGCAGUGUCUGCCUGUCAUGCUGGACGUGGGCACAGACAAUGAGGCCCUGCUGAAGGACCCUCUCUACAUCGGGUUGAGGCAUAAGAGAGUCCGAGGCCAGGCCUAUGAUGACCUGCUGGAUGAAUUCAUGAAGGCUGUGUCGGACAGGUUUGGGAUGGACUGUCUGAUUCAGUUUGAGGACUUUGCAAAUGUUAAUGCUUUCCGUCUGCUGAGCAAGUACCGCAACAAGUACUGCACUUUCAACGACGACAUCCAAGGUACUGCUGCUGUGGCAGUAGCUGGACUCCUGGCCGCCCUCCGCAUCACCAAAAGCAAAAUGUGUGACCACACCUUUGUGUUCCAAGGUGCAGGGGAGGCAGCGAUGGGGAUUGCUGAGCUGAUCACCAUGGCCAUGGAGAAGGAGGGACUCGCUAAGGAAGAGUGCUUGAAAAAGAUCUGGAUGGUUGAUUCCAAGGGUCUCAUUGUCAAGGGUCGGGACCACCUGACUCAUGAGAAGGAGAGGUUUGCUCAUGAGCACCCACAUGUGAAGAGACUGGAGGAUGUCGUUCAGGAACUGAAACCAACAGCUAUCAUUGGUGUGGCAGCUGUUGCCGGAGCAUUCUCCGAACAGGUCAUCAGGGACAUGGCUUCUUUCAAUGAACGCCCCGUCAUCUUCGCCCUCAGCAACCCGACCAGCAAAGCCGAAUGCACUGCUGAGCAGUGUUACAUGUUUACAGAGGGGCGGGGCAUCUUUGCCAGUGGCAGUCCAUUUGACCCCGUCACCCUGCCUGAUGGGAGGACAUUCUACCCUGGUCAGGGAAACAACGCCUACAUCUUCCCUGGCGUGGGCCUGGGCGUCUCGGCUUGCGCUGUCAGACAUAUUAGUGAAGAAAUCUUCCUUAUUGCAGCAGAGUCUCUCGCUAACCUGGUGACGGAGGAGGACCUGGCACAGGGAAGAUUGUAUCCUCCUCUCAACUCUAUCAGGGACGUGUCUCUCAAACUGGCUAUCAAGAUCAUGGAGUACGCCUACGAGCACAACAUGGCCACACUUCGCCCAGAGCCGUCUGACAAAGAUGCGUUCUUGCACUCGCUCACCUACAGCACUGACUAUGAAGAGUUUGUUGUGGACUCGUACCGUUGGCCAGAGGGAAGUAUGACUGUGCAGUCAUGCAAACUUUAAAGCACUGGACCGAGACAGGAUGAGCCCUGGUGGGGCAAGAAAUCCUGUUCCGGAGUUCCUCUCACCUACUAUAUAUCUCUGGUGUCUGUCUGUUGCUCCUUCAUCUUCAGCGCUAGACAAACUGAACCCACCAUUCACUUAGUCUCACAGUGACACCAUUUACCUUGUACCUCACCAUGCUUUCAUACUUAAACCCUUGUUUGCUUUACAAUGAGUGACCAACUUAAAAAUGCUAUGGCAAUGUGUGUGUGAAAUGCAUUAUGUGGUGCUCUGGCCUUCUCCAGAGGUCACUUAUAUCAUUGCAAUAGAAAUAGCAAAUUGAGUUUGUUUUUUGUUUUUUUUAUUAAUUAUCAUCAGACAUUGACAGAAAAACUUUAGGGGUUAGGGUUAGGGUUAGCCCUGGCUUCAAAUCAAUAUCAAUAUAUGUAAUAAUCAGAACAACGUUUUAAAAAAGCAUAUUUAGGUAUUCUUUUUUAGGAGAAAACUCUUGCUUCAUAAUUUGCUUCAUCAGGACUGUUUUGAUGUGGUUUGAUAAGAUCUGAUUGACAGUAACCAAACAGCCUACCAACUGACAAUAUAUAUUUUAAUCAAAUGUUGAUGAUUUCACACCAAACCAGAGAUGACAUGCACAGUGUAACACAUUUGUGAGACUUGAUCACUAUGAGCCAUAAUACAGUAGCAGUCUGCAUUAUUUUCUUUUACUUGCAGAGUUUGCGGUGUAUGUGAGCAAGCCACAAUAAAAACAGCAGGUGAAUCAAACUGGCUUAUGGUCCAACAGUGUCUGGCUGUCUGAAUUAAACUGAGGAUGAUUUUACGUUAAUUAAUCAAUCACAGGCCAGACAGUCAGAACCAGAGGCCUUGGCUGGGCCGCUGCCCAUCCCAGUCUGAAAUCAAUAGUGGAGCAACCAGACCAGUCAGUGUCCAGUGAUGAGCGUCUCGCCCCGGGCAAAACUCUGAGAGACAAACAUUUGUUUUCAUCACUUUUGCCUCACCCCUCCCUUCAAAUCCCCAAAUCAGCCCUGGGCACCCAAUGCUCUGACAUGACAAUAUGUCUCAAUGUCAACACCAUCCGAUAGUCAAUUAGCUGUCUGGGCCAUAAAUGGUCCAUCAGUAUUCCAGCACAUAAAUAACCUUUGCUUGGUUGUGUAUUUAAUAGCUUACUUAAUAUUUCUGCUUCCCAGAAUGGGCUAAGAGAGACAAGAAAGAUUUCAGGGAAAGAAUGACAUGAAGGUGACCUGAAUGUAUAUUACAAUGUGCUUUUGUGCCAAAUACUGGUUGUUCUACAGCAGCGGUUCUUUUUGGUCCAGAAGAACUGAAAGUACCCCUUCAUCAGCGCUGCCUGCCAUGUUCAUUAGAGCUCAUUUAAACUGUCUUCUAUUCGAGUUUGCAUUCUUAUUACUCAACGUUUCAACCAUUUAUCCAAUACUUUAAGCUAAUUUCUUCAGCUGUGUGUCCGUUAGUUUUAGCUGUUUUUCAUUCAUCUAUUAGCCUACAUUUAGCUAACUAUUUUACCAUCGAGCCAAUACUGUUAGCUAACUAUUUGGACUGUUUAUUCACCUAAAAGUUAUUCAUCAACCGUUUAUUCUUUACAUUUAGUUCUUUCAACCAUUUACCUCUUACUUUUAGCUCUGUAUUUUAAACAUACAUCCAUUACUUCUAACUAAUGUAAGCUACUUUAAUAAUUUAUCCAUCACUUUUAGCUCUCUUUUGCCUCCUUUUAUUCAUUACUUUAAGCAAAUUGUUUAGACUUCAGCCUGGCAAUAUGUGGAUAUAUACAUAUAUUUUUUAAAUCAAAUUAUAGUUCAUGGUUUGCUUUUUUCAAAUAAAUUAUGCUACUCCAAGAUCUUUCCAUGUAGCCUACCCUGUUGGGAAUAGGUAUUUUACAGUAUGUUUGCUCCUUUGUAAAACUGACUAUUAGUAAAAUACUGUAGAUUACUCUCUUA